AUAGAGGCAGCGAAAUUUUUGCGUGAUAGAUUACCAGGUACAAAGGAAAUGUGCUUGGAAAUCAUGCCGGCAAUCUUAAGUUAUAAAGACACUGAACUGCAUUGCGUGGUUGUUGAAAUCUGUCGUAAAUUAUUGGCUCGUGGUAGAAAUCCAGAAUUGAGAGAUUUACUGGAGAUAUUUCUGCAAGGCAAAAAAAAAGAUUCUUACAAGGAGCUGCGCAACAUAUUGCAUGGCAAAAAUGACUUGUCAGAAGCGGCGAAUGUUGAGAAGAAGCCGGAAACUGAUCUGGAGAAACAGGACGAUGAGAUUGGCAGGGAAUGA